AUGAUUCCGUACCCGCCCUACGUGCCCCCAUCUCCGCCCUUGCCCGUCUCGGCGCUACCUCGGCGGAGAGACUCUCUGCCGUCGCCUCCUCCGACACCUGUCUCUCCAGUGCCAGUGUCUCCGUCGCUGAUCGCGGUGGCGGUGAGCCUGGGGCAUGGGGAGGUUGUAGCCGUCGAAACGUCUCGGGCUGCACCUCCCUCCCCUUCAUCGUGGCCGCCACCCAACUCAGUGUCGAACCCAUUGUCGACUGAGAGUGCCGAUCGUGCCGAGAGACCCCCGGCCGCCCCCAUGCCCAGCUUCAAGCCUCCCGCGCACUACCUCAACCGAUCCUCGCGCUCCUUCCCCACUCUCACCUUCCCAUCAGCCAACGACCUCCCCCGCCCCGGAUUCGCCCACGCGGCCGUGCAAACGGACCCAGCGGCCAAUCGUCCUAACCUCCGCCUCUCGACCAGUUUUAGUGCCCAGACCCAUCUCUCUCACCUCUCUCACGUCUCCCAUCUCUCUCACGUCUCCCAUCUCUCUCACGUCUCUCACGUCUCGCAAGUGUCUCAGCACACGCACGCCUCGACGCUCAGUUGUCAGCAGAGCUGCCCCUGUUCCCCGCCCUGCUCUGCGCGCCGGUAUCGGCUCAUCGAGACUGGGAUUCCGUCCAGGAUCCCCAAGUUUCCGACUGAGGUGAUCGAUUCGGACCCGCCGACGCCUGACAGUCCGCUUUCUAGCGCAUCGAGUGGUUCGUCCAAGUUACCCCUGUCGGUAAGUCACCUAAGCUCCUUCCUUGCCACUUCCUUCUAUCUUCUCUUUAAUCUGCCCCUGGUGGUGAUUCUCUCGCACGGUGUUAAUGAAGCUUCCGCGCUUCGAUUGCGCUUGGACUGCCUCACUCAUUUGUUCCCUGCGCACUCGCUAACUCUCCAGGCACUGUGGCGCGGCCUUCUAUCCGCAACAGCCGUCGCACUCGCAAUUCCCUCUCCGCCGGCGGACAGAUUCCACACGCGCACACUCCUCACGUCGAGCGCGGCGUAUGCCCCAUGA